GGGUCUUUCAUCCUAUUUUCCUAGCAGCAUUUCAUAUGCCUUGCUCUUAAGCUCUUCCACAGCAAAGGAGAUUUAGUCACCAUAAAAUCCAUUCUCAACAUAUUACCCUGCAGUUCAUACAUAAAUGAAGAAUUGACACUUGUGAAAUCCAAUGAAACAAUGCCGUGUAAUGUGUCUACUUUACAAGAUACACCAGACAGAGGAAGAAAUAUGGAGGCUGACUCAAGUGGCUCUAAGUGCAAUAGGAAAAGGAAACGUUGCCUUUUGUACAGAUAGGAAUAUUUGCCAGAUAACAUAAUUAUAUAAUUUACUAAAAAUAACUGAUUUUCUUUAGGAUAAACAACCAGUAGAAGAGUCCCGCACAUGGUCAUAGGAGCCCUGAGCAGGGUAUAAAAGCGACAGAGGGCAAGGAAGUUUCACAUUCAAGAACCUCACUCUUCUGGAAGACUACGAUCCUCCACUCUCUGACACCAUGGUCAGCUCCUGUUGUGGUUCCACGUGCUUUGACCAGGGCUGUGGCAUUGGCCUCUGCCAGGAGACCUGCUGCCGCCCCUCCUGCAGUGGCUCUAGCUGCUGUGGCUCCAGCUGCUGCAGGCCCAGCUGCUGCAUCUCCAGCUGCUGCCGCCCCUCCUGCGGCAUCUCCAGCUGCUGUCGCCCCUCCUGCAGUGGCUCUAGCUGCUGUGGCUCCAGCUGCUGCAGGCCCAGCUGCUGCAUCUCCAGCUGCUGCCGCCCCUCCUGCAGUGGCUCUAGCUGCUGUGGCUCCAGCUGCUGCAGGCCCAGCUGCUGCAUCUCCAGCUGCUGCCACCCCUCCUGCUGUGGCUCCAGCUGCGGCGGUUCCAGCUGCUGUGGACCCAGCUGUUGCUGCCCUGGCUGCGGCCUGCGACCAGUCUGUGGCCGGGUCUCCUGCCACACCACUUGCUACCGCCCAACCUGUGUCAUCUCCACCUGCCCCCGCCCCACGUGCUGUGCCUCCUCUUGUUGCUGAGUCCCCAGCCCUCUGACUGCCUCUCCAUCUACCUUCGUCCUCACAGAUUAGACCCUCAUUUUGUGCUGACACAUAGGACACAUGGUGUGGGGCUCAUGUUGCUCAAAUUAGUUGGGUCUCAUGAUUUUAUCAAGCCCACCACAGGCCAACUAACUCUGUGAGCACAUUCUGGCCUCAGUCCAAAUUCUACACCUAGAUCUCUCCUUCUACUUCACCAAAGUGUGAAUUUGCUCCUAACAGAUCUAUGGUUGUGUUCACUAAUUCUCCUCCUUAACUAUUGGGCAUCAGGUCAUCAAGCUCAAGGAGCUCAUGCUUGCUGUCAGUGAUUUUUACAUUAUAGAUUUUUAUAGUCUCCUUCUUUAUUGUCCAAUGGAUUCUUUUUCAUAAUGCUUUUACCCCAGUUUUUCCAUUGUGUAAGUCUGUGCCAAAAUAAAUCACCA